AGCAGAAGAGUCCCGCUGAGGGCAGCGAGCCAGUGACCAAAGAACUGUACAGAUGAAACGUCACAGUUAAAGCCCCCCCCUCAUUCUUUGAUUUUCAGCGUGAAUCAACCUUUAACUUAUGGCCAAAAUACUUGGAACAGUUCAAGUGAGCACCAGUAGUUUAAGGUACACUUUGUAAAAUGUUCCAUUGCCUUUCUACCUGACAUUUCUAAUACUUUCCUGCAUUAAUGUGUGUUUUGUUCUAUUGUUCUAUAUCUUCCUUACUGGCUGUUCCAUGCAUUCUAUUCUACGUGACCGUCACGUUGGUAGCAAAUCCAAGCUCUUGCUCAAGUAGAAGGAUUUAUCAUCCCGAACGUUCAAGCACACAUCUGGAGACGCUUGGUUUUAACUGGACAGGAAGGGGGUGGACAACGUGUAAGCUGUGCAGUAAAUACAGCUCGCAGACAUGCAGGCUGGAGUCAAAAGUACAGGAUUUGCUUUACGAUGUAGUGGAUAAAGUUACUGAAUGGAAGUACUUGAGGAACAAGCAGCUGGAGUUUACCACCGGGAAUCACGCAAAGGCAGAUACCAGCUGACGUAUAAAGAGGCCAAAGCCGUCUGCAAGUACGAGGGGGGGAAGCUGGCCACCUACGAGCAACUGGAGGCGGCUCGUCAAAUAGGGUUCCACGUGUGCGCUGCCGGAUGGUUCGACAAAGGCCACGUGGGCUACCCCAUCCUCAAAGCCGGAGCCAACUGCGGCUUCGGGAAGGUCGGCAUCGUGGACUACGGACACAGGCGGAACAAAAGCGAGCGCUGGGACGCGUACUGCUACAACCCCGACUCCAAGGAGUGCGGCGGGGUGCUGACGGACCAGCAGAAGGUCAUUCGCUCCCCCGGCUUCCCCGAGGAGUACCAGGACCAACAGAUCUGCUACUGGCACAUCCGCGUGCGCCUGGGCCAGCGGGUGCACCUCCAAUUCCUGGAGUUCGACCUGGAGGAGGACGUGGGGUGUCUGGCCGACUACCUGGAGGUGUUUGACAGCUACGACGACGUCUCCGGCUUCGCCGGCAGAUUCUGCGGUGAUUAUUUACCCGAUGACAUCAUCAGCACAGGAAACGUGAUGACGCUGAAGUUCCUCUCUGACGCUUCGGUCACGGCCGGCGGCUUCAAGCUGCAGUACGUUGCCUUCAACGCGUCUCCGUCUUCACAGAACCACACCCGCUAACUUUGUGUUCACCUCAUCCGAGGUUUAUUUUACAGAAAAACAAACCUGUUUUCUGGUUGUUAUAAUUAUAAUUUCCUAGACUUUCAGAGUGUCGAGCAUUUUCACAGCCAACCAUUUUAGUGACUGUUAUGUUGCUUCUUCGUUUUUUUUCACCCUCCUCUGUUCUGUGUAUUCGCAACUCCAUAUACAUAAAUUAUUAAUAAACAUUUGCUUUAUUCAUUGA